UACCGCCGGGCAGGGGACCAUGGGCAGAAGGCGAGAGGGGCUGAGCGUGGCCCGGGAGAUUGAUGGACUGGAGGAGAAGCUGGCACACUGCAGACAGAGCAUGGAGGAGGUGGAUCUUAAACUGCGAAGGGAAAAGCUCAGUGCUGAAGGAAGAAAGUCACUGGAGAGAGAGAGAAACUUACUAAUGACCAAAGCUGACAACUAUGAGAAAGAACUGAGCGUGCUUCGUAAGGAAAAUCGCAAGAACGCUGCCCUGGCUGUGGCCAUGGGGUUGCUGAUUGCUCUUAUUUACGCCUGCUGGACAAUGUGACUGCACUCAAGAAGUCUCCCUGCUGACCAAAUGACUCUCCUGCAAGGAGUUUUUCCAUCUCUCACCGCUGUGCUUCCCCCAAGGAUGAGGAUCGUCAUUUCACAUUGCUGCUCCGGUUUAUUUUCUCCC